CUGCAGCCACAAUAUUCGAACCGGGCUAAUGAUUGCGCCUUUUUAUUGUCCCUGUCAGCUGGAUUCAUUUAGGUGAGCUACCUCGAAAAAAACGCCACUUCCUUCCCCGCUGUGAAGAACAGAGGUUCUGUCUUUCACGUUCUUCGUUAAUCUCUAAGUCAUACAGUGCGUCAUAGCCCGGAGCAACAAGUUCACACAAAAGGGAUCGUGACAUGAAAGCAUAUCCAGCUCGAGCGUCAUUUGGAUGCCCGUUGCUCUUAUUUCUCCAGUUUGCAGAUCAUGUGUGCAUUCAGACACUUCAACGCCAUAACAGCAGAUCUGGUUGAAAAUGAACUCCGAUGAGACUCGCCCGUCGCCCAAGCUUCAAAAGCAAAGGUGCCAACUUUGUUGAGUAGCGGAACUUUUUUUUUUUUUAUACAAUUCAUCAUUGUUCCCUGUAUUCAUCGGCGCCCUGCCCGCGCUCAUAAGUGAGCCAUUAGCGGUGUGAAAUGCACAAUUAGAUUUGCGAUUUGCAGGAGCCAUUCACACACUGGGCCCCUGCAGUGAAUGGAGCUUGCGAUGCUGGUCGCGUCCCGACACGCUGGGUGUGUCUUUGGGCGGGGCCGAGCCCUGCACCCACCCAGAUACUUUAUUGGUACUACUUGAGGGGGCGACUACAGUGCGCGUGUUCCUUAGCACACUUUUGAACCUCGUUGGAUGUUGUGUGAGUCCGUGCGUGGCUUUUCGGACUCAGCAAGCUUCUUCGUGCACCUGAGCGCGCUCCGUGGGUAUUGCAAGUUUAGUUGUGACCAGAGAACAUGCCCCGGUCAUUCCUUGUCAAGAAGUAUUUUUCAAGCAGGAAACCAUGCCACUGGGAAAGCCUGCUGGACAGCCAAACUGCUGUUGUCCCAGAAAGCUUCCCACGGGCUGCCCUUCCAAAUCAGAACCACAGCUCUGACCUCACCUGCUACCCCUCAGUUCCAUUCACGCCACUGCCAGCUCCCCUUUCCCCGAUCGCCCCGGCAUCCUUCCCUCCGUCACCGCUCGGGCCCCUUGACCUCAGCAGCUCCCCGUUUAGCAGCAGCGGCGAGGAAGACGAAGACAACGGCCGUUCUUCGGAUCCCCCCAGCCCGGAUGUCCUCCAAGGCGUCUUCCACUGCAUGUACUGCAGUAAUACCUACAGCGACCUCACGGCACUGUCCUGCCACCAGACGUCCCACCUGCGUGUCCCACCGCUGGCCGCCGAGGCGUCUGCGUCCCGGCCGGCCUUCCAUUGCAAACACUGCCCCAAGGAGUACACUAGCCUGGGCGCUCUGAAGAUGCACAUCCGCUCACACACAUUGCCGUGCGUGUGCACUACCUGCGGCAAGGCCUUCUCCCGACCGUGGCUGCUGAGGGGACACAUCCGCACGCACACAGGUGAGCGCCCGUUUGCUUGUCAACACUGUAGCCGGGCUUUUGCCGACCGCUCCAACCUCCGGGCGCACCUGCAGACGCACUCUGAAGUGAAGAAGUACCAGUGUGGCUCCUGCUCUCGCACCUUCAGCCGCAUGUCUCUGCUGCACAAACACAACGCCUCCCGAUGCGGCAACCUGGCCUCAUAGACGGACCCACAUUCCCAGGAUCCUCCCUACUUGAGUGUUUUUUUUGUUUUUUAAAUAUCUCAACUGAUAUUUCAAAGGAGCAGCGGCCUAUCAACAGUGUGAGCAUGUAUGACAUGAGAGCAGCUGGACAUGCAGUUAAAUCCCAGGAAACUCCCAUUGGUGCCGGCCGGUCCGGGACUCCAACCAUGCUGCAGCUGCUUGGGUGUGUUUUUGGUGCGUAUGUGUGGAUGGAUGCCAUUCGUUAUUAUGCAUACACGAUGUGUGUGUGUGUGUGUGUGUGUGUGUGUGUGUGUGUGUGUGUGUGUGUGUGUGUGUGUGUGUGUGUGUGUGUGCGCGCGUGCGUGUUGAGACAGCUGACUGUGAAGGUGGGCAACAGGUGACCUCCAUUCACCCGUCUUCUCGGCACCGGAUGAACGGACCACUAAAGUUUGACCAAAGAGCCCUGUUUGCUUCACCAACAUUUUUCUGGCAUCUUAAUGGUGUGUGUGUGUAAGUGUGUGUUUUUAAUAUUUUGCCAUCACAAUUUUAGGAAUUAUUUUGAAAUAUCUUGUACAUAUUCCUCACAUGUAAAUAAAAGCUUUGUUUUAGAACAAAA